UCGAUCCGUUUGCAGUCCGAGCUGCAUCUCAGGAGUCAGGAUGAUGAACAUCGUGAACUAUUUAAACCGAGCCGAGUGUUUCGGCCAUUUCGUAUUUCGUGGCAGCUGUUGAAGCUCGAAUUUCCCGCGAAAACUUGCACUCCUCUCUAUCCCUUUCUUCCUCUCUCUAAACAUCACUCCUCUCACUGAUCAUGCACAAUAACACCAUUGUCACCUUCUCCAUUAUCCAUGUCCAGUCUCCCGACCUCCUCAGAUCCUUCUGAUUCAAGAGACCAAAAUGCCAAUCCGAACAACGGGGAUUCAUCGGCGGCACCGCCUGUUUCAUCGACAACAACCACGACAACAAAAUUCAAGACUAGGAAGAUCCCUCAGAUACCAAUUCAUCGAAGCGAGGUAGAGACCUCGGAGAUAAAAGAAGCCAGCGACGGAAGCGACGAAAUGGAACUCGGUCCCGAUGACCCUUCUCCGAUCCUAGCAUCUUUUCUCGGCCUUAACCCCAUUAGAACUAGAUCGGCUCCUUCACCGCUCCGUUUCUCAUCUCCACCUGUCGCCUCUCCCAAUCAGACCAAUGAAAAGAACGAGAGCAUAGACGAAGGCAAUACUUGCCCCAAAUUCGUUCUUCCUCAUCACCCUUCCCUCUCAGGGGAGCCAGGGAAAAGGAGCCACUGGAUUCAAUCGAAAUCCUUUAGGGUUCCGAUGACACUCAAUCCAGGUUUGGAGGGUUUUGACACAGCCAAGGAAUUCCAGUCUCCACGCUUCCAGGCCAUAAUGCGUGUCACAAGUGGUCGUAGAAAGAGAACUCCUGACAUCAGGAGCUUCUCUCACGAACUAAAUUCCAAAGGUUUACGGCCCUUCCCACUGUGGAAGUCUCGUACCUUGGGACAUAUAGAGGAGAUCAUGGUUGUUAUUAGGGCAAAAUUUGUCCGAUUAAAGGAAGAAGUUGACUCCGAAUUAGGUAUUUUUGCUGGUGAUUUGAUGAGCAUACUUGAAAAGAAUGUUGAUGCUCAUCCAAAAUGGAGAGAGACUUUGGAGGAUUUAUUGGUUAUAGCCCGAAAAUGUGCUAAGAUGUCAGCCACUGAGUUCUGGUCAAAGUGUGAAGCCAUCGUGCAGAAUCUAGAUGACCGGCGUCAAGAGUUGCCCAUGGGAACUCUAAAACAAGCCCAUACCCGCAUUCUCUUUAUCCUCACCCGAUGUACCCGUCUGCUGCAGUUCGAUAAGGAAGGGGGUUUUGAGGAUGAACAUAUUCUUGGGCUUCAUCAACUCAGUGAUCUUGGAGUCUAUUCAGAACAAUUUUUUGGGGCUGAGAACCCAAGGGUCAAAAGCUCAUUGAGUGGGAAGGAAGCUAAUGAGAAACACACAGAUAAGUCACAUGGGCAAGAACAAAGCAACUUGGAUCUGCAUCAAGAUCAAGAUGAUCAGCAUUUGAGUUAUGUUAAUGCUUCAAAUAUUGGAAAUGCUAAAAGCAGGGAUCGAAUACCCUCUUGGAAGAAAUCUCCAUCUUCUGCUGAGAAGAGCCGAAGGGAAGGCAUAGAUGAGAAAGAUUCCCAGGCCAAAGAUAAAUUGGAAUCCUCGGGGCUUCUGAAUAAGAUGAAAUUGGGUGUUGACAAGAGUGCUGAUAAUACCCCACAAUUCCCUCCUGGAAAUUUAGAUAAUUCUUCAAAUGCAAAAAGAGUUUCUUGGGGUUUCUAUGGAGAUCAACAAAACAUAGUGCAUGAGAAUUCAAUGAUCUGCCGGAUCUGUGAGGUUGAAAUACCAACUGUACAUGUUGAAGAUCACUCCAGAAUCUGUACAAUUUCUGAUAGAUGUGACUUAAAAGGAUUAACAGUAAAUGAACGUCUUGAAAGAGUUGCUGAAACUCUUGAAAAGAUACUAGAAACAUGCACUCCAAAAGGUUCAGAUGCUGAACAAGGAAGCCCGGAUGUUUCAUCAAGUAUAGCUGAAGAUUUUGAUCCUGUAUUUCCUGAACAAUCUUCUGAGGACUUGCUUGACUGUUUACCUGAAACUGAUGGUCUUUUUAUCAUGGAUGAUAUAAAGAGUUUGCCCGACAUGUCAUCUAAGAUGGGUUCUAUUAUAAUGCCCGAUCAGGGCACAGCGUCAUCAUCAGCUGGAAGCUCGACUCCAAGAUCUCCAUUGUUGACUCCACGGACUAACCAGAUUGAACUGCUGUUGAGUGGAAGGAAUGCAAUUUCAGAACUUGAAGACUUUCAACAGAUAAACAAACUGUUGGAUAUUGCUCGAUCUGUUGCAAGUAUAAACACUAAUGACUAUAGUACAUUAGAAUACCUGGUGUACCGCCUAGAGGACCUGAAAUAUGCUAUCCAAGAUAGGAAGGUGGAUGCCCUUAUUGUUGAAACAUUUGGAAGGCGGAUAGAGAAACUGCUACAGGAAAAAUAUGUACAUCUUUGUGCACAGAUAGAAGAUGAAAAAGCUGAUUCAUCGAAGGUCUUGAUUGAUGAACAUGGUUCAUUAGAAGAUGAUCCAAUUCGUAGCUUGCGUGCAAGUUCCAUAAAUCCAAAUAGUAAGGACCGAACAUCUAUAGAAGAUUUUGAAAUUAUAAAACCAAUUAGCAGAGGGGCAUUUGGACGUGUUUUCCUUGCAAGGAAAAGAGCAACCGGUGACUUAUUUGCUAUAAAGGUUCUGAAAAAGGCAGAUAUGAUUCGCAAAAAUGCAGUAGAAAGCAUUUUGGCUGAACGAAACAUCCUAAUGACAGUUCGCAAUCCUUUUGUGGUCCGUUUUUUCUACUCCUUCACAUGCAGGGAAAAUCUAUAUCUGGUCAUGGAAUACUUGAAUGGAGGAGAUCUUUAUUCCUUGUUGAGAAACUUAGGUUGUUUGGAUGCAGAUAUGGCCCGUUUAUAUAUAGCAGAAGUUGUUCUUGCAUUGGAAUAUUUGCACUCCUUAAAUAUCAUUCAUAGAGAUCUGAAGCCAGACAACUUGUUAAUUGCUCAUAAUGGCCAUAUCAAGUUGACAGAUUUUGGGCUCUCAAAGGUUGGUCUUAUUAACAGCACAGAUGAUCUAUCAGGUCCAGCAGUUGGUGGCAGUGCUCUUCUAGGAGAUGAACCAAAAUAUGCUGAACAGCAUACACCUAAAUGGGAACAGCGCCAAAAGCAUUCAGCUGUUGGCACUCCUGAUUAUCUGGCACCUGAGAUACUUUUAGGAAUGGGACAUGGUACAACAGCAGAUUGGUGGUCUGUGGGUGUUAUUCUUUUUGAGUUGCUUGUUGGUAUCCCGCCAUUCAACGCACAACAUCCACAGCAAAUUUUUGAUAAUAUAAUGAACAGAGAUAUACCCUGGCCACAAGUACCCGAGGAAAUGAGUUAUGAAGCAUAUGAUCUGAUUGAUAAAUUGUUGACUGAAAAUCCAGUCCAGAGACUUGGAGCAACUGGAGCUGGAGAGGUGAAGUGCCAUGAUUUCUUCAAAAACAUCAACUGGGACACACUUGCCAGACAGAAGGCUGCAUUUGUUCCAUCAGCAGAAGGUGCAUAUGAUACAAGUUAUUUCACAAGCCGUUAUGCAUGGAAUUCAUCAGAUGAGCAAGUUCGUUCAGCAGGCUAUGACUCUGAUGACACGACUGAAACUUGCAGCAUAUCCUGUAGUGGUAGCUCAUUCAGCAACCCACAAGAUGAAGAUGGGGAUGAGUGUGGUAAUCUUGCAGAUUUUGGAACUCCCACCCUUUCAGUGAAGUAUUCAUUCAGCAAUUUUUCUUUUAAGAAUUUGUCUCAGCUAGCUUCCAUCAAUUAUGAUAUGCUUCUAAAGUGUAGCAAGGAUUUUUCAGAACCUUCCGAUCCUUGAAUCACAAAACAGUGAAUUUAGAUAGUUGCUUCAUAAACAAUGAGUUACUCUCAUGGAUCUCCUGCGAAUCUCUGUUUAUUCAUCUACCUUCUUUCACGUCUGGAUGUUGGUGAUUUUGUUUCGGAAACAACAAAUGUUCAUGAAGAGCAAAGUUUGAUCAUCUAGGUAGAAUUGACACCAGGUGCAUAUAUUCAACUCAGAUCGAGGGCGUUAGAACUGAUUAAAGUAUAAUCUUCAUUGAAUUUAUUUCUUCUUUCAUACGAACAUUGAAAUGGUGUACACCGAAUUUCUAGCUUUUGCCCAUAUGUACAUAUCUUUUUCUCUUUCAAUUACUGAAAUUUAGCUCUUUUUCUUCUCA